CCGUCUUUCAUUUCCCGCUCUGCUAAACCCUAACCCUCCCGGAAUGAAGCAGAAGCAACAGUCCACUGCCGAUCCAAGCGCCAACGCCGAGCCCAAGAAGCGAAGGCGCGUCGGAUUCGCCACCAUCGAUGCCGGAGUUGAAGCCAAUGAUUGCUUCAAGAUUUACUUGGGUGAGUUUGAUGCUUUUGGAUUGCUGAGAUUUUAGUUUUAAUUGUUUUAGCUUUGUGGUGCGGAGAGGAUUUGCUUCCACUGGUUUCUGAAGAUUUGAAAGGAAAAAGGAAAAAAGAUAAUCAAAAGAAGAAACGGAUUGUGCGCUUGUCGAUUUUCACUAGUUACCAACCUAUAAUUUGGGAGUAAGAAUGUACAGUAGUUUAGGUAUGAGCAGAUGACUGUUUAAGGUUGGCACUGGUGUUUGGUUUGGUUCUUAUAUUGCAACUUGGCAUUAGUAUUCUCUUUUGUUUUUCCAUUCUAAGUUCUUACAUUUCAAUCUCUGGUACUUAGACCCACUUUGUUCCUUAAAUCUUAUGGUUACUUUGUGUGCUUAUUAUUUUCCAUGAUUAUUUACUGUAUUGCUGGUGUGAUAGUUUCUAGCAAAGAAGAAGUGGGAACUUCAAUGGUUACUGUAUUAGUCCGGUUGACUUGAACAACUUUUUUGAUGAAGAUGGGAAAAUAUAUGGUUACCAAGGGCUGAAGGUAUGUUCAAGUCUCCUAGUGUAUGCUCUUUGUGUGCUGUAAAUGACAAAUUUACAAUUAUGCUGUCUGUCAUUCAUCUUCUUGCGAUACUUUAUAUUUAAAGCAUCUUCUGUUGUUUUAUGCAGAUAACAGUCUGGAUAAGCAUUAUGUCUUUUCAUGCACAUGCUGAUAUUACAUUUGAGGGCAACUCUGAUGUAAGUAGGAAAACACAGUCAUGAACUACUUAUUAUGUUUGAUAUAUUUUGUGAUGCAUUAAAAUCACCCUAACAAG